UCAGACCGAGUUGUUCGUCAACGCAGAAGGAACAGAUACAUGAAUGUUGGAUUUUUAGUGUUGUUUACCUUCUGAGGGAUUUUAGAGGAGCUAAGGCUAACGGCGUUAGCCUAGUUUUUCUGGUUAGCUUUCUGAAGCUAACGGCUAAUCUGUAGUGAAAUGGCGGCCAACACGGCUCAGGCGACCACUACAACCAACUGGUCCUACGGCCCUGCUGCAGAUGGCCAUGUGCAUGAAAAUCCAGAAUGGGAAAAAGCACGACAAGCACUCGCAUCAAUCAACAAAACUUCUAAGAAUUCACAAGAUAACAGAAACACGGCCGAGGCAGGCCAGUUUCAGGCAGCAGUUGGUGACUCUGCUGCUCUUCAGCAGCAGCAGUACUAUCCAUGGUACCAGCAAACUCAGCAGCAUUAUCCUGGAUACACAUACCCCUACAACUACUACUACCAAAUGGGACCUUAUGGCGCUGCAUACCCACCAAAUCAGUAUGGUGUGCCUCAAGGAGCAUAUCCAGGAACUCCAACUUCUAAUGGACAGCCUCCCCCUGUGCCUGGAAUGGAAGACCAGACCCCAAACUACUCCCAACCACAGCCCCCUCCACCCGCCACCCCCCAGCCUCCCCAGAGCCCAACCACCUCAGAGAAUCCCCCGCCCCCGCCACCCUCACCUAUCCCCCCUCUCCCCAAUUCCCAGUACGCCCCGCCUGCUUCGCAAAAUUCUUACAGCAACAACAAUAGCAUGUCAUACCCGCCCAGUGACCCCAACCAAAUGCAAGUGUACAAUCACUCCCAGGGCAGACCAAACUAUGGCCAGAGUUUCCAGGCGCCGAACUCCUACCAGAGUUCUCAGAAUAAUUCCCAGCAGCAACAGCUGCAGAGUCAGUACUCACCUGGGCCGGGCCGCGGAGAGGCCAAUAAAAACCAAAAACAAGGACAGCAGAUCUGGCACCGCAUGAAACAGGCACCAGGAAUAGCACCGGUUAAAUUUAAUAUUUCCAAGAGGCCCUAUCAGGUUCAGUGUUCCCCAGUUUCCAGUCAGACUUUCCAACCAGGUGAGCAGCCCACCGGGUUAAAUCAGGCUCCUUCCUCACCAGCUACUGCCAGCACUGCUCCCGGAGCGGCCCAGAUGAGACCCCAGGACUGGCCGCAAGCGAUGAAAGAGUAUGUGCAACGCUGUUUCACCGCCUGCGAAACGGAGGAAGACAAGGAUCGUACCGAGAAGGUGUUAAAGGAAGUCCUCCAGGAGCGGCUGAAGGAUGGUUCUGCCUACACAAUUGACUGGACCCGUGAGCCGUUACCAGAAUUAAAGAUAAAGCAGUCUCGUUGGGAAACUGUUCUACCCCAGAGAACAUCAGAUAACUCCAUGAUGCGUGGAGGAAGUACAAUGGGGGCUGCUUCCAGGGGCAGAGGAAUUGGCCACAGGUUAGGUAACUACAGGAACAUUUUUUCUCAAAGGAGUCCAUCGUCUAGUUCAUCGCGAUCCUCCUCCCGCUCUCCUUCGCCUUCUCACGGCCGACACAGAGAUCGAAGCAACCAAAGACACAGGCGCAGUGAUUCUGGCUCCCAGUCAGACAGCAGCAUGUCCAGCGACCUGCAGCCUCAGCUGUCAAGACGAGGACAGAAAGGUGGGCGCGGUCGCGGUAACGACAGGGACAAGGGACGUGGAGAGAGAGGCAGAGGAAGAGGAGGAAAGGCCAACAGAGGAAGACGGAACAUGGAUGAUUCAAAUGCAACUGUUGGAAAAAAGAGGAAAGGGGGAAGCGCUGGUAUGGAUUUCCAUGACCCAAACAGGGAAGCUAAGAAGCAGAGCAGAGCAGCUCGUUUUCAGAAGCAGCUUCGCUCUGAGCCGCUGGUUCUCUCCAUCAACUCCCUGGAUCUGCCUGAUGGGACCCAGGAGAGCCUCAGCUGGGAGGACUGCCCCAUCGUGGGCUCAUGUCACGACAUCACCAAGCCCUACCUGAGGCUCACCUGUGCCCCCGACCCUUCCACUGUCCGCCCCGUACAGGUGCUAAGGAAGUCCCUGCUAGCUGUAAAGGCCCACUGGAAAACUAAGCAGGACUACGCUUAUGCAUGUGAGCAGAUGAAGUCCAUACGACAGGACCUCACGGUCCAAGGCAUUCGAACUGACUUCACAGUGGAAGUGUAUGAGUGUCAUGCACGCAUCGCCCUUGAAAAAGGAGAUCAUGAGGAGUUCAACCAGUGCCAGACUCAGCUGAAGGCCUUGUACAAGGAUAAUCCCUCAGAGAAUAUUGGCGAGUUUACAGCUUAUAGACUGCUGUAUUACAUGUUCACUAAAAACUCUGGAGAUCAGAUCACCGAGCUGGUGUACUUGACCCCGACUCUGCGAGCGGAUGAGUGUGUCGCUCAUUCUCUUGCACUCCGUGCCGCCUGGGCGCUGGGGAACUACCAUCGUUUCUUUAAGCUCUACCAGGAAGCGCCACGCAUGGCUUCAUAUCUCAUUGACAAGUUUGUAGAAAGAGAGAGAAAGCUCGCUCUUCGGGCCAUUGUCAAAACAUUCAGACCCGACCUUCCUGUUGAAUAUGUGCAGAAAGCUCUGGGCUUUCCGUGUUUAGACUCCUGUAUGGCCUUUUUAACUGGGCUAGGUGUUUCAUUCGCCCCCUCCGACCCCAAAAAGAUAGACUGCAAAGCCAGUACAGCCUGCUUGGCUGCUUCUUGAGGGAGGGCGGUGGUAGGGUGACCUUGUUGAGGGAGACAGAGGGAUCAGCAUAGAUCCUUACUUUCUUUGCAAAGCCCUUCAGAGUGUAGAAGCAGGCAGUAGUAUCCAUAUAGAUACUCACUAGUACACUCAGUCUUUACACAUCCAUUCAAGACAUUACCUUGUCUUAGAAAACAGCAGAUUAAUAAUUAAAGACUGUCCAAACACACUAAAUUGGUUGAACAACAGAGGGAACAGUUUUAUAAGUGGGGUUAGAUCAUCUAAGCACUAAGCAUUCACAUCUAGGUCAGGGACCCUCAUGGAUCCUUUCCCUCUCCCCUCGCAGAUUUUAGUGCUAACAGUGUUCUGUUAUGUUUUUCCUUCCUCAAGUCAACAGCUUAAAGACCUGAAGAUCCAAGUCUCAAACGGGUACCCGUCAAGUCGUUCUCUGCCCUCUGGAGCCUGCAGAACCGCCCCGGUGCGACUGGUUGCUCGCAAAGACUGUGAGAAGAUGGCGGUUCUAUUUCAGGAAGAAGAGCUGGUGGUUUGUAUCUCCCGUCCGGCGUCCCGUCUGCCUGUGGCGUCAACCUGAAAGAAAAGGACUGAGGUGUGAAUCGCUGCUCCUGAGCUUCUCUGAUGGGCUCUAACACAGCAGCACUGCAAAGAAGUCCCAAGUUUCAGGAGCACUGACUUUAUUUCUGAUAAGCGUUCAUCAAGAUGAAGCGGAUUCGAUCGACCACUGGAUGAGGUUCUGCUUCCCUUGGCGUCAGGUAAAAGGUCCCACCGGCGUCUGGAAUCCAGCAUGUCUCCUUUCUGCCGGACCGUAGCGACGAGGCCUUUCUGCAUCCAUCGGGACGUUUUAGCAGCCAUUAUACAGAAACGCCGCUACGGAGAAUCUGCAUCCUGACAGGGCCGCCAAGGAGAACCGACUGGUUUGUAUGCUGCUCUGUGUCUGCAACGCUGGUAAGAAAGAGGAACUUCUGGAAGGAGCUGGAUGGUGGCACAGCUGAGGCGUCUUCACUCUUUGGUUUUGUUUUCUUCUUCUUUGGACAGCAGUAUUGGCUUUUCUUUCAUAGAAUGGCAGAAGAAUUAUGAAAUGUGUCAGGGUUCAGGGAAAAUUCACAGGUAGAUUUUUGCACAGUAAGGGUUCUAAUAAUUUAGCAAUGUCAAAAAAAAGUUUUACAGCACACAUGCACUCUACUGUCUGAGAAGUGCAUAAUGUAGUUUGCAAAAUAAGUUUUAAACAGAUGUAGACAGUAAUUUAAGAGUUCAGUGAACCAAGUGCAGAUUAGUACUUUUGCCAAACUGUCAUUGUUUCUAUGAAAUUUGUAAAAUAAAAGUUUCAACUAAUUAAAAAGUUUAAAAACUUUAACUGUAAAUGGAAGAUAUGUCUAAUUGGAUGUUUUUCACUUUGUCAUGAAAUGUUCAGCAAUAAUUAGGGAGCUUUAUAUAUAUAUAUAUUUUUUUUGUUUUUUACCAUCCAGAAUGCCAGUAGUUAGUUCCGGUGAUGGAGAACUUUGAAGUUCUAAUUGGGUAAAGCUUUGUCUCAUUAUUGUGGUAAAUGAACCCCAGAACCAAACAACAGAUGUCUUUUGCUGCUUGUCAAAUUAUUCUCAAGCUCGUCUCUCCUGCUCUCCUAAAUGGGGAAACUUCAGCUCAGUAUUAUGGAAUGAUCAGAGCAGAUGUUAACCUCGGUGUAUUAGACUUGUAUUACAACAAGGGGAGCUGCAGGCUUGUUGUACAAGCUCGAUGAGAAAUAUUGUAAAUAUUGUCAUGUUUGAAAUUUUGUUUUUAUUUAAAUAGUGAAUACUUUUUUGUUUACUCCUGGGUAAGUUUGAGAGUUCCUUUAUUUUCAUAAAUGAUUUAUGCGACUUACUUUCGGAUGUUUGUGGGGUGGUGGUGGUGGUUGUGCUACGCGUUGUGGCGAUUUUUACUGCAGUGAAUAAGAAAUCAAAAUACUACGUUCCAAGAUGUCAAGCUAAGACUCCAUGAUGUGUGGGAAAUGUGACAAAUCAUUAACAAGUGAAUGGGUCGCAGUAAUUUGAUCGUUGUUACUACAGAUAUUUUUGACAAUGAUUUCAACUUGUCUUUUCUUUCCCCCUUCAUCCACCCUCUCCUCUGCCCUCCAUCCUUCCCCCUCCUCCCACUCCCCGUUCCCACGCACUGCCACGCCUCUCGUUCUUCAGCUUGUAGCGCUGCUGCAUUGCAGGAGCACACGGAGUGAGGAAGUGGGUGCACCUCCUCCAGAAGGCUGCCGGAGAGAGUGAAGCUGUGAGCAAGUCCUGAUUUGACCUGCCCACACUGCAGCCGUGCAGCUGGUUGAAAACAAGGGAGCCUCUCUUAUCGAAAUGUAUAAACAUGCCCUGCUGCUGAUGUGGUUCUUUGCUGCUAAUCCAAAUAUUUAAGAUGUUGGGUUUUAGUUUUAAAGAUGAUGACCUGUCAAUGACCCUGUUCCGAUGGUUUCUGUUUGUCCAGGUGCAUUUGCUCUGUUUGCUUAAUCUGUGUACAAUUAUUGGUUUAAUUUUCCUUUUUUUUUUUUUUGUUUUGUAAGAUUGAUAGAGUUAAGUUUGAAAUCUAAUUGAGAUCCCUUAUCUAAAAUGUGUCUGGACAUGCAGAACGUUGAUUUCUAAGUUUAGGUUUCUGAAAUGUGCUCAUAGGAUAAGAAACGACUUUCAUCUGUAACGUUUGAUGUAAAUUUCUACACAGGUUUCACUUGUGCAGAUCUAAGGCUCAGUCUAAAGAGAAUCCAUCCUUUGAUAACUAACUGAACACACUUUCAUUUAUUUUUUUCCUAGUCAGUCAUGUUCAUGUUUUCAUUUAUUUAUUUUUGCUCUUUUGUUACUGUAUCCCUUCAUAAACUCCUUUCUUGAUCCUUGACACACAGUUCUCGUCUCCCUCUUGCUUAGUUUUUCAUUUUCUUCCAUUUCUUCCCAGCUGGUCCGUUUAGAUUUAUUUCCUUCCUCUCGCCUUUCACUCUUUUUCUCACCCCUGCAUGAAACUCUCUCCUCACUGAACAUCUAACCAGUAUUUCUCGUCAUUCUCCCUUUUUUAUGUCGAAUUUGUUUGUGAGCAUUUGCUGUGUGCAACUUGUCACCCUGACUAGUAAGUAUUGUAUGACAUCUGCAGUGCUUUAAUAGUUUAUGUUGCAGCGCACUAACAAGCUGGAGGUUUAUCUGCAAAGCCCCUCUCCCCAUUUCCCCACUCCUAUACAGAUCUGAGAACGUUGCCAUUUUGUAUAUAUUGUGUAAACAAUUUUUGAAAUAAUAAAAGUAAAGAAUAAAAGGCA